UCGGGCUGUCCGGGCCCCAGCCCCAGGCCGAGGAACUCUGGGCACACGUGACCCCCGGGAGGCCAGCUGGGCCUGAUCUGGGUUCACCCUCCAGAUGGACACUCUCGUUCCCUCCGUCCUGACCCCUGGCACAGGCUCCUGGCAACGUCCGCUCUCACCCGUCCGUGCUUCCUCCCAUCUGGGCACCAGCACCCUGACCGCGGGGAGCCAGCGGGGUGAUGGACGCCGCAGCGUGCUCCUCAAGGGACCCUGCGUCCCUGCCCCAGAGCUAUUCCUGGCCUGAACGCCUCCCCGCCCCCCAGUCCCCCCCACCUGACCUGACCCCACAGCUGGGAGCCAUUUGGCUGGGGGUGGGGCAGCCCUGCCUAUAUAAGCCCGGACCUAGGUGUCCCAGGCACCCUGGAGGCCCAGACCCUCCACUGCCGACCUCUGCGCACUUCAGCGGGCCCCCCCGCCGGCCCGGCCAUGACGGGAAAAGCGGAGUCGGAGGCCCCUGCCUCUGGCCCGGGGGAGAACGCCCCCGAGGCGGCCCAGGCGCCCGCAGAGCCCACAGAGGAAGGGGCAGCGUCGCCGAGGGUCACGCAGGAGGAGCAGGCUCCUGAACCGGCACCUCAGGCACCUGCCCCUGCGGCUGCUAAACCGGCGCCUCCAAGUGAAGACCUGCCCAGCAUCCCCCUGCUGCUGACCGUGGAGGACGUGAGCGACAGCUCAGUGACCGUGAGCUGGGAGCCCCCAGAGCGGCUGGGCAAGCUGGGGCUCCAGGGCUACCUGCUGGAACUCCGCAGGGAGGGAGCCUCGGAGUGGGUGCCCAUGAACCCCCGGCCCGUGAUGGUGACCCAGCAGACCCUGCGGAACCUGGCCCUGGGAGACAAGUUCUUCCUGCGAGUGGCUGCCGUGAGCUCCGCGGGGGCCGGCCCCCCGGCAGCGCUGGACCAGCCGGUGCACAUCCGCGAGAUCGUAGAGCCCCCCAAGAUCCGUGUGCCCCGCCACCUCCGUCAGACCUACAUCCGCGAGGUGGGAGAGACAAUCAACCUGCAGAUCCCCUUCCAGGGGAACCCCAAGCCCCAGGCCUCCUGGACCCACAACGGCCAUGCCCUGGACAGCCAGCGGGUGAGCGUGCACACGGGGGACAAGGACUCCAUCCUCUUCAUCCGCUCGUCCCAGCGCUCCGACUCGGGCCGCUACGAACUCACCGUGCGGCUGGACAACCUGGAGGCCCGGGCCGCCAUCGACAUCCUGGUCACAGAGAAGCCGGGGCCCCCCAGCAGUAUCAGGCUGCUGGACGUGUGGGGCUGCAACGCUGCCCUUGAGUGGACACCACCCCAGGACACAGGCAACACGGAGCUCCUGGGCUACACGGUGCAGAAGGCCGACAGGAAGACAGGGCAAUGGUUCACUGUGCUGGAGCGCUACCACCCAACCACCUGCACCGUCUCCGACCUCGUCGUGGGCAACUCGUACUCCUUCCGCGUCUUCUCGGAAAACCUGUGUGGACUCAGCGCCUCGGCCGCGGUCACCAAGGAGCUUGCCCACAUCCAGAAGGCAGAUACUGCUGCCAAACUUAAAAGGUUUGUUGCAAGAGACUUCUCAGAAGCCCCCUCGUUCACCCAGCCCCUGGUCGACCACACCACCACCCCUGGCUACAGCACCCAGCUCUCCUGCAGUGUCCGAGCUUCACCCAAGCCCAAGAUCAUCUGGAUGAAAAACAACAUGAACAUCCAGGGGGACCCCAAAUACCGUGCCUUCUCCGAGCAAGGCGUCUGCACCCUGGAGAUCCGGAAGCCCAGCCCCUUUGACUCCGGGGUCUACACCUGCAAGGCCAUCAAUGUGCUGGGGGAGGCAACUGCGGACUGCCGGCUGGAGGUCAAAGCCGCAGCCACACACUGAACAGCGCUGGAGGCAGCUGUGGUGAGGACAGAGGUAACCUGCUGGGGCGCC